CGUAUCCCUAAAACGCCAACGCAAGCUACUACGCCCGUAGGUUCCACUGAGAGCUCUACUCGCAAGCUGUCCAAACUUGCACCAAACAUUAUAAUCCCCCAACUCAAAACCACAUUCUCACCACACAAUGCGGUCACUCUUGAGUCUCGUGGUCUUUCUCUUCGCGGCGCUGGUUUCGGCCGUAAGCACAACUGGUAAUCGAUUACUGGUUAUUCUCGAUACGCCCAAGGACAAGGAGGCGUAUACUACGUUUUUCCGCGACUUGUCUGAACGGGGUUAUGAUAUCACGUAUGAGACACCAAAGAGCGAUGAUUUGACAUUGUUCAAGUAUGGUGAGAGGAGUUAUGAUCAUCUUGUCUUUCUCCCCACCAAGAUCAAGGGUCUGGGACCCAAUCUGACCCCCAAUGCCAUCGUCGACUUCAUCAACGCCGGCGGAAACAUCCUCCUGACCAUGUCCGCUACCCAUAAAGUCCCUGUUACUCUCGUUUCCGUCCUCGAUCAACUCGAUGUUACCAUUCCCGCUGAGCGCAACGGCAAGGUCGUCGACCACUUCACCUACGAUGCCGUUUCCGCCGCCGAGACACACGACACACUCGUUCUCGACGCUCCUCGCAACGUUCGUCCCGGUCUCAAGGAUUACUUCGAGAUUCCCGGCGCAUUCAUCUCCGUUCCUCACGCCAUUGGCCACACUCUUGGUUCAGGACCUCUUCUUACACCCGUUCUUCGAGCGCCCCCUACCGCUUAUAGCUACAACCCCAAGGAGCAGGCUGAUACUGUCGAGCCUGAUGAGUUGUUCGCUGCUGGAAAGCAACUUGCUCUUGUCUCUGUCUUCCAGGCUCGCAACUCUGCGCGUGUCACUGUCAUUGGUGCUGCUGAGAUGCUUCAGGACAAGGCUUUUGAUACCAAGGUCACUCGACAGGGUGGAAAGGCUAUCUUCCCUGCCAACAAGGAGUUUGUCACCAACUUGGCUGGUUGGACAUUCCAGGAGCUUGGUGUGCUACGAGUGAACAAGAUUGAGCAUCACCUUAAGGGUGACAACGAGACCAACCCUGAGCUGUACCGCAUCAAGAACGAUGUUACCUACAGCAUUUCCGUCUCCGAGUACGCCUGGAACGACUGGCAACCCUUCCACCUCCCUGAAGGCGACCACCUCCAGCUCGAGUUCUCCAUGCUGUCCCCUUUCCACCGCAUCUCCCUGAAGCCCGUUCACGUCGGUGAGCACGAGACUGUCUACGGCACCGACUUUGUUCUUCCCGACCAGCACGGCAUCUUCAACUUCAUGGUCAACUACAAGCGACCCUUCCUGACUAACCUUGAGGAGAAGCGAACUGUCAGCGUUCGACACAUGGCUCACGACGAGUACCCCCGAAGUUACGUGAUCAACGGCGCUUGGCCUGGUCUGACUGGCAUCUCAGCUACCAUUGUUGGAUUCCUGUCGUUCUGCAUCGUGUGGAUGUACAGUCAGCCUGUCAAGUCAGCCGCUGGCGCUAAGAAGACGCAAUAGAGGAUGGAACAAUGUACUAGUAUUUUUUGCUGCAACGUCACGAUAAGAGUUCGUGGAUCUGUUGUAUUGUAGAGUGGGACCAAAAGUGAAAUAUAGAAUGCGCAUUUGUUUUCCUACAGCUAUUGAAGUGUUUACGACUAUGUAUGUGACUUGAGAUACGAAGAUGUGAUGGCUCCCUCAGAUUAGCUCUCUUGGGUUCUCACUGACAACUCGCGGCAGUGGACAAGUAAAUGCCCUGCAAACAUUUUAGAUGAUGCCCGCCGCUGUUGUCUGCAAAUUUGGCUUUUUGGUCGAUUGAUCAUCACCGGGCAGCAAAUUCGUAUCUCAAAGCAUUCCUCCAUCCCAUACGGCACCUCACGAAGGCCAAGCCUGCUCCGAUUGAAAACUAUAUCAUGCGAAUCACGAGUGUCUCUGUAUUCCCAGCAAACACCUCCAUGAGAGGGUUCGCAAAGGAAGAGAACAACUUCACGCAAAGGGAAAUUAUCGUCACUGCGGCUACUCUAGGCACUUGCGAAGAAUACAUGAAUGAAAAAUGAAAAGGAAAAGCCUCGAGGUCUGCUCAGAUCUCUGUUCUUGAGUGAGGUACAUGUUCGCAACACAAGUCAGUUUCCCCGAAGGGCAUACCGAGCAAGUGAAGUGAAUCGCCAACUUUGGUGUGUGAAACAGUUGUCAUCACCACAGACCAGCCCCCAGAGGAAACCAAGUACAGGACGAGAGGAAAUGCAAAAACGCCGAACGCCUUGAACUCCAACUCCAACGCCCGCAAGAAAAACAACCCCAAAAAGACCCCCUCCCAGGCCAAAUGGCCCGGGACCAAAAAACAAGACGAAAAAGCAAAGACAAAGGAAAUAAAAAGCAGACCCAACCCAGAGCUGGUCGAAUGACCACAAAAAAGCGCGAAAUCAAGAGCAGGAAAA